UCAUGCUGACGACAUAGGAAGCUAAUUUAAGGCUAGCCGUGUCAAACGACCAUCCUAACUUUCGGGAUCAGUGUCACUUUUAUUUAGUUUUUACAUAAUUUCAAAUCUGGAAUCAUGAUGCAAUUCAUUCUUGGCUUCACUCUGGGGAACGUGGUUGGCAUGUUUCUGGCACAGAACUACGAGGUACCAAACAUUUCAAAGAAAAUCGAGGCCUUUAAAAAGGACGUGGAAGCCAAGAAGAAACCCCCAGGCCCAGAGUGAAAUAUCAAAUGGCUAAUUAUAAUUAACUGAAGAUGGAGGGACAUUUAAGAACAAGCAUAUCAUAUAUAGUGUGUGUUAUUGUUAAGGUAUGAACAAAAGAGCCCUCGAGAUGCACGGUAUAUUGUCAAAUAGUGCCUCUAAAUCCCAUUUGUUUUGAACGUUGAUGUGUUCUGCAUUUUGCAUUGUAUUCUCUCUCUCUCUCUUUUUUCUCUCCUAAAUCAGGUUAGAUUUGUUUAAACCUGAUGAAUUUUCUGUUACCUGUUGGAUAAUUAUUCAUUAAUAUAUUUUUAAAACCCUAUGUAAAAUAUGUUUGCCAGUUAAAACAACAUCAGUUUGCAGUAACUUGAUGUAGUUUUCUCUAUUUAUUGUGAAACAACAUGUUUGCAGUGCAAAUUGUUGGACAAAUAGAAACUGCACACAAAAAUCAGUUGUUCAAAACAAAUUAUGGAAGCAUGUUUUAAAAGCUUCUUUAUACUAUAAUGUAAUAAAGAUUAUAUAUAAAAUGCCA